AUGGCGGUAUCUUUUUCAUCUUUAUUGCAAUCAAAAGCAUUUAGUGACUUAUGCUUGGUGGCAAAUGGAACUAGAAUUUCUAUACACCGUGCUAUUGUUGCAGAAAGAUCUGGUUAUUUUCAUGAUUUAUUUGCUAAAGAUCCCUCACAAAAAAUCGUUGAAAUAACACUUCCAGACCCUUGUUCAGAAUGUCUCCCACAUGUGUUAAAUUUCCUAUACAGUGAUCCAAAUUUCCAUGUUACAAAAAAUUCAUUCGGUCCCAUCUUAAAUAUUGCCGUUUGCUUUAAAAUUCAGGCACUAAUUGACACUCUUUUUGAAUGGAUGAAAGCUAAUAUCACUGCUGAAAAUACAAUGUAUUUCUAUUUCGCGAUAAAAGAUAUUCAAGAUAAAUUAAAAGCUGAAAAUGAUACACAAGAUAAAUCAAAAGCAGAUGCCGACACACAAAAGCAGUAUAUUCAAAAGCAAUUAGAAGAAACUUUUAUGACAACAAUUAUUGAUAAUAUUGUCCUUCAUUUUGAAUUGAUUGAUAGAGGAGAUAUAUGGUCUCUUCCUUAUAAUACGUUCUAUACAGUAAUUACUCACAAAAACUUCAACUCCUCGUCUUUUUGUCUGAGUUCUGCAAUCGCAUACACAAUAAUGAAUAAUAGCAAGCUAGAAAAGUCAGAAGUUGAGACUUUAUUGUCUCUUUAUCUACAAAUUGAUUGGCCCGCGAGUAUUACUGAACUUGUUCAGAAUUCUGCUCCAAACGAUCCAAGAAACCAAAAUUCUAUAUCAUCUCUGUUACUUCCUUUCGUUGCAAAGCAUUUUAGAAGGAUUCCAAAUACGGAAUUCUCUAAAUUCCCUCAUAAAUUUAUGACAGCUCUUGUAAGUCGUGAUGAUUUGAAUGCUCCAUCAUCUGAAUAUGUCCGCCAGCAAAUACAAAAUCUGACUAACAGUACGACCAGAGUUAAUAAACAAAGAAACCUUCAAAUGUGGGAAGCAUUUCUUGGCGAUGGCAAAGAAAGAGAAUACCAUACAUUACCUGUAACCAAAGAAAAUAUAAGAGUUUUAAUUUUGUCAUCCGUUUACCUUGACGUUCUCACAGAUAUCAAACAAGAUUUAGUUGAAGGAGGAAUCCAAGCACAAAACAUUUUCCUCUUCAAUGCUGAUACUGGUCAUCCUACAAGCACUCUCCUCUUCCAAUUUGAUGUUGUUUUGGCUUUUACUCAUUACCAAUUUGAAAAUCCAGACAUAACAUGCUCAUUCCUUUACGAUUACGUGCAGAAUGGUGGUGGCCUUGUCACAUGCUACGGUUUCUGCAGAGAUGAUGAAUGGGGAUUAGGAGAUGAAGCUUUGGAUAGUUUAAUGCCGUUCGCAAGAGGAACCCAGUUGACCAAAUGCGCCAGAGAGAAGGUCAUUGUUGAAGAUAAUCAUCCACUCAUGGAUGGAAUCAAAACAAUAAGACACGGAGAAUUUAGUCCAAGAUGCAACGUUAAAUUGAAUGAAGGCGCAACAUUAGUUGCUAGUUUUGCAGAUGGUGUCCCUCUCGUUGCCUAUAAAGAAACAAACAGAAUGAAUCAGAAGAUUGUUUCAAUUAAUUUCUAUCCUGUAUCGUCCAGAGUCCAUAGACUUGGUUUUCCACCUGAUCAGCCUUGGACACAAAUAUUUACACGAGCUAUUCUUUAUGCUUGUGGAAUUGACAUUUCUAAUAAACCAGAAGAAGCUUCUGGUGAUGAAGAUCCAGCUCCCGCUGAUUAA